CCACGAUGGAGCGCGACGGCUGCGCUGGGGGCGGGAACCGCGGUGGCGGCGGCGAGGGCGGGCGCGGCCCCCGGGAAGGCCCAGCAGGGAACGGCCGCGACUCGAGCCGCGGCCGCGCCACCGAUGCGCCCGGAGACCCGCGGGCGGCCGCGUCCUUGCUGGCCCCUAUGGACCUGGGGGAGGAACCGCUGGAAAAGACGGCGCGCGCCCGCACCGCCAAGGACCCCAACACCUAUAAAGUGCUCUCGCUGGUUUUGUCAGUAUGUGUAUUAACAACAAUCCUUGGUUGUAUAUUUGGGUUGAAACCAAGUUGCGCCAAAGAAGUGAAAAGUUGCAAAGGCCGCUGCUUUGAGAGAACGUUUGGGAACUGUCGGUGUGAUGCUGCCUGUGUUGACCUUGGAAACUGCUGUCUAGAUUACCAGGAGACAUGUAUAGAACCAGGACAUAUAUGGACUUGCAACAAAUUCAGGUGUGGGGAGAAAAGGUUGUCCAGAAAUCGCUGCUCCUGUUCCGAUGACUGCAAGGCCCAGGGUGACUGCUGCAUCAACUACAGCUCUGUGUGUCAAGGUGAGAAAAGUUGGGUAGAAGAAACAUGUGAGAGCAUUCAUGAGCCACAGUGUCCAGAAGGGUUUGAUUCACCUCCUACCCUCUUAUUUUCUUUGGAUGGAUUCAGGGCAGAAUAUUUACACACUUGGGGUGGACUUCUUCCUGUUAUUAGCAAACUAAAAAACUGUGGAACGUAUACCAAAAACUUGAGACCAGUGUAUCCAACAAAAACUUUUCCCAAUCACUACAGCAUUGUCACAGGACUUUAUCCAGAAUCCCAUGGCGUAAUUGACAAUAAAAUGUAUGAUCCCAAAAUGAAUGCUUCCUUUUCACUUAAAAGUAAAGAGAAGUUUAAUCCUGAGUGGUACAAAGGAGAGCCAAUUUGGAUCACAGCUAAGUAUCAAGGCCUCAGGUCUGGCACAUUUUUUUGGCCAGGAUCCGAUGUGACAAUUAAAGGAAUUUACCCAGAUAUCUACAAAGUAUAUAAUGGUUCCAUUCCAUUUGAAGAAAGAAUUUUAGCUGUUCUUCAGUGGCUACAGCUUCCUAGAGAUGAAAGACCACACUUUUACACUCUGUAUUUAGAAGAACCAGAUUCUUCAGGCCAUUCAUAUGGACCAGUCAGCAGUGAAGUCAUCAGAGCCUUGCAGAGGGUCGACAACAUGGUUGGCAUGCUGAUGGAUGGUCUGAAAGGACUGAAUUUGCAUAGAUGCCUGAACCUCAUCCUUAUUUCAGAUCAUGGCAUGGAACAAGGCAGUUGUAAGAAGUAUAUAUAUCUGAAUAAAUAUUUGGGGGAUGUUAAAAAUAUUAAAGUUGUUUAUGGACCUGCUCCUCGAUUGAGACCCUCUGAUGUCCCAGAUAAAUACUAUUCAUUUAAUUAUGAAGGCAUUGCCAGAAAUCUUUCUUGCCGGGAACCAAACCAGCACUUCACACCUUACCUGAAACAGUUCUUACCCAAGCGUUUGCACUUUGCCAAAAGUGACAGGAUUGAACCCUUGACAUUCUAUUUGGAUCCUCAGUGGCAACUUGCAUUGAAUCCCUCAGAAAGGAAAUAUUGUGGAAGUGGAUUUCAUGGCUCUGACAAUGUAUUUUCAAAUAUGCAAGCACUCUUUGUUGGCUAUGGACCUGGAUUCAAGCAUGGCAUUGAGGUUGACGCUUUUGAAAAUAUCGAAGUCUAUAACUUAAUGUGUGAUUUACUGAAUUUGACUCCAGCUCCUAAUAAUGGAACUCAUGGAAGUCUUAACCAUCUUCUGAAGAAUCCUGUUUAUACUCCAAAGCAUCCUAAAGAAGUGCACCCCCUGGUACAGUGUCCCUUCACCAGAACCCCCAGAGAUAACCUUGGCUGCUCCUGCGACUCCUCAAUUCUGCCAAUUGUGGAUUUUGAGAUACAGUUUAAUAUGACCAUGGCAGAAGAGGAGAAUAUCAACCUUGGCACUUUACCAUAUGGAAGACCCAGACUUCUUCAGAAGAAAAACAGUGUCUGUCUUCUUUAUCAGCACCAGUUUGUGAGUGGAUACAGCCAUGACCUCCUCAUGCCCCUCUGGACAUCCUAUACCGUCAACAGAAAUGACAGUUUCUCUACAGAAGACUUUUCCAACUGUCUCUUCAAGGACUUCCGGGUUUCUCUUAGUCCUGUCCACAAAUGUUCCUUUUAUAAAAACAAUGCUAAACUGAAUUAUGGGUUCCUUGCCCCACCACAAUUAAAUAAAGAGUCAAGUCAAAUAUAUUCUGAAGCUUUGCUAACUACUAAUAUAGUGCCGAUGUACCAGAGUUUUCAAGUCAUAUGGCGCUACUUUCAUGACACCCUCCUGCAAAGGUAUGCUGAAGAAAGGAAUGGCAUCAACGUCGUCAGCGGUCCUGUGUUCGACUUUGAUUUUGAUGGACAUUAUGAUUCCACAGAGAUUCUGAAGCAAAACAUCAAAGUCAUCCGUAAUCAAGAAAUUCUGAUUCCAACUCACUUCUUCAUUGUGCUAACCAGUUGUAAAAAUAAAUACCAGGAUCCCUUGCAGUGUGAAAACUUAGAUACCUUAGCUUUCAUUUUGCCUCACAGGCCUGACAACAGCGAGAGCUGUGCGCACGGGAAGCUUGAGCCCUCAUGGAUUGAAGAGUUGUUUAUGUUGCACAUAGCCCGGAUCACAGACGUUGAACUCAUCACUGGACUCAGCUUCUAUCAAGAAAGAAAAGAGCCAGUUUCAGACAUUUUAAAGUUGAAAACACAUUUGUCAACCUUUAGUCAAGAAGACUGAUUUUUUUUAUUAAAAAAAAAAAACAAAACACACCAUAAAUCUUUUUGAGACAAUCUUAUAUUUUAUACAGCCCUCUAUCUAUGCUAUUCCUUUUUUUUUUUUUUUUUUUUUUUUUUUUGGAAACUGUUGAGCAGAGUUGGAACUGAGGAUCCUCUGUGAUUCAGACAUCUCAGGGAAACUUGUGGACUCAGCACAGCAGCAGGAGAGUGCUUCUAUUGUGUCUUGCAGAAAUUUCUGUGCAGAAACUAUGUGUGUUAUUGAAGUUCAAAGACAGACCACACCUAAACUGCUCUUUUAUUUCUCUUAAGGGAGAAAUAGCUGUGAACAUUGUCUGGACACCAGAUAGUAGAAUUAUAUUAUUGGUAAUAAAUAUGGUGUUGGAAAACACUAGGCUAAUUAAUAGAAUUGGCAUAGUCCAUGUUACAUUAGUAUCUUAACAAGAAUUUACAAGUGGCUCUAGAUUCCUUUUCAUUUGGAGUUUCUUUGUUUUUAGUUUUAAACAAAAAAAAAAAUAGUGGAAAUCAAAAUAUUUCUGAGGUCCUAUUUCUUCCUUUUCUUUAUACUCCCUCAAAAACAAAUUAAUUAAUCUUGUGGCUUUUUAAAGUUGUGAUUGUAUUUCUUUAUAUUUAAGGUCUCUCUAACACCUGUGAGUUUGGUAUAUCUACCAAUUUUAAAAUUUUACUCUAUGCUUGUACAAAAAAAAAAUAUUUCCAUAGUGUUCAUAAUUAACAGAGGCUGAAAAUAGCCCUAAAUGUGGUUCUUUAAGACUGUUAAAAUUGAGUCUUAUCUGGGUGAAACCUCAGAGAAUUUGUGAGUAUAUGAAGGUGACAUUUUUCACAGAGAAGGUAGGAAUGUUUUCCUGUGUACGUAAGAAUGACUACCAGCUACAGAGCUGUUCUGUGCUCAGCUGUUCGUUUUGAAGCUCCAUAAAUGACAAAAUGAACUUGAUUUUCCUACUACUUGGCAAUAACCUUUCAUUCCAACUGUGAAACUUCAAAGACUACAUUAGGCUACUUGGGUUCGAUUUAGGUAUAAUAUUAGUACACCAAAGAUUUGUAUGUGUCCUACAUUUGAUAAUCAUUCUUCAACUGCCUAGGAAUGAACUGCAAAGACCUUCAAAUAAUAUAAAUUGCAACUGAAAUUUUAAUUUAAUAACUUAGUUUAAUUGGUUUUUGUCUUGGUCUCACAGUUUCCUAAAGCUCUGAAUGUAUAUUUUUUUCAGUCUAAUUUUCUCUCCAUUGUUCAGAUUUAGUUAUUUCCAUUUUUCUAUCUUAGAGUUCCCUGAUUCAUUUUCACCCUAAUCCAUUCUGCUGUUGAGCCUAUGCAUUGAUUUUUACAUUUCACCUUUUGUAUUUUUUUACUUCUAAGAUUUCUACUUGAUUUUUCUUUAUGUCUUCUAUUUACUGAGAAUUUUUAUUUCUUUGCUAAGAUUUUCUGUUUUUGUUGUUGUUUUGUUUUGUUUUGUUUUGUUUGUUUCAAGGGUGUUCUCAUUACUUGUUGGAGCAUUUUUACGUUGGCUGCUGUACGAUUCUCAUCAGAUCAUUCCAACAUCUUUGUCAUUGCAGUGUUUGAAUCUAUUUUUUUAACUUUGAAAAAAAUUCCUGCUUCUUAGUAAGAUUAAUAGUUUUUAAUUGAAACCUAUAUAUUUUAGGUAUUCUGUUAUAAGACUGUGGAUCUUAUUUGAACUUUUUGUUUUUGCUAGGUUUUUUUUUUUUUUUUUCUGAUAGCAUCCUAGCAGGGAAAUUGGGGGCACUGCCUUCAUAUUACCAGGUAUGGCUAGGAUUCCAGGUUCCCCACUCAGCCUCCAUUGACACUUGAGGUGAGAGGAGAUAAAUAAGGUGGGAAUUUGGCUCUGCAUUAGCUCUCUAUUGAUCCCUUCUUGACUGAGAUGUCCAUGGCACCUGUUAACUGCUCCCAUAUGGUCUCCACUUACACUUUGGGACUGGGGUGGAGGAAAUGACUUCAUUAUCACCAGGUAAGGAUGAAAUACCCAAUUCGCUAUUCUCAACUUUCCCUGACCCUUACCCUGUCAGGGGAUCUGGGACACCUCUUUAUAUCUUGUCAAGGUUGGAAGUCUGGGCUCCCCACUAAGCCCUUGCUGGUAUGGGGGGACCACGGUUCUUUUUGUGGUUGCUUCAUUGGAGCAGAAUGACUUUCGUUUCAUGUCAUGCUAGGCUACCCAUUUUUUUGCCCAUUGGCUGGCAAGAGAGCAGGCCUCUCAUGGGACAUUUCUUUUUCCCCUUUGCUCUUGUUGUUUGCAGGUUGUUGACUUCUUCAGCUUCCAGUCUGAGAUAUAUGAGCUAAAAGAUAACUCAGGGAACACAUCCCAGUGUUAUUUCUUGGGUCCUGUGGCCCCUAUCCUGUUUUCCGCCUUUUCUCCACCAUUCAGAGUCUUCUUGCAUUUGUUGUAUAUAUAGUAUCCAGGCUUUUUGUACACUUAGCAAAAGGAUAUCUACUUCAUAUUUGUAGAAGUGACUCGUUGAUUUUUAUAUAGUCUUUAAAACAUGUACAGACACAUGAUAAGCUUUCUUAAAAAAUCUUGGCAGAGCUUUAUUAAAUAGAUAGAUGUCCAAUCCCUGUGCUAGACACCAAGAAUACAGGAACAAGUUAAACUCCUUACAUUCUUGAGGGAGUGGAAGCAGCCAAGUGUAAAUGAUCCCUAAGGAGUGGGAACUAUUAUUUCAAAGCCAUGAGCUGGGUGUCAGAGAGCACAAAGGAGAUACUGGUUGCUUCUUGGCAGUUUCAACAUUGGUUUCUCAACCUUUGGGCUAAGGCUUGAAGGAUGAAUUGGAGCUCUGCAGGAGAACACAGUAAAGAUGGGACAUUCUAAUAUCCCUUGGAUGGAUACAUUUUUGGAAUUUUCCCAUUUACCACUAUUUUUGAUAUAUUAUGUAAGCAUCACAGUGACCAAUUUAUAAUGUACAACUCUAUUUUUUUUUGCUUUCCUAUAAUAAUCUGUUCUUAAAGGAAAUGUUAGGCUAACAUUUGUUACCCUGUCAGGGGAUCUGGGACUCUUUAAAGGAAAGAGCAUCUGUAUUCUUUUUAGGUAUUUAUCUGUUGCUCUUAUACAGUAUUCUUUCCCUUUUUUUUUUUUUUUUUUUUUUGUGUGUGUGUGUGUGUGUGUGUGUGAAAGAGACCUCUCCUUAUAUUAUUUCAAUUUAAAACAUGUGACAUAUCUCUACUCCCCCAAUUUGAGUUCACAUGACCAUCCCUCAGUAUUCGUGGGGAAUUGGGUCUAGGAUCUCUUCCACAUUUCAAUAUCAAAACUUUUGAUACCCAAAUCUAUGGAUAUUUGAGCCCAUUAUAUAAAAUGGUGUAGUAUUUGCAUAUAAUCUACACAAUCCUGUACUUUGUCAUCUCUAGAUUAUUUAUAUUAACUAAUGCAAUAUAAACACAAUAUAAAUAGUUGUUAUACUAUGUUGUUUAUAGAAUGAUGGCAAGAAGGAAAAUGCCUGUACAUGUUCAGUAUAAAUAAUUAUUUUUCAAACAUUUUAAUCUGCAAUUGAUGGAAUCCAUGGUUAUAGAACCCACGGCUCUGAACGGCUGACUGCAUAUGGAAAUAUCUUUUUCCUAAUAAAGGCUAUUCUUUACUUUUCUAAUGCAAAAUGAAA